GAAGGCGGGAAGAGUUUAAGAUACAGACCAAUAAGAACAGGCAGACAAGCUGGAGGCCCUCUGCACGCAUGCGCAAUGCAGUUUGGCCGUCUUAAGGAAGAGCUGCGCUUGGGGAUCCCAGCACCCGAGACGGAACCUAACAGCCUGGGCCAUGCACCUAGCUGCCCCGAGCAGGCUUCUCUUGGCCUGUAGCCUCGCCUUCAUGCCCUUCUCUACAGUCUCCUGGGAAAUUACAAUGAGUGACCUAGAGGAGAAGAACGUGAAUGAAUUCAGCUCCAGCGGCCUCAAGUGUCCCACAUGCUUCGCGGUGAAGGGGAGGAAGUGUAGCCCAGAGCUCAAGUGGUGCCCGACGGACAAGAUAAAGUGCGUGGAGUUCUCCGGCAUCAUCAAUACAGGUGUCAGCGACAUAGCCAUCGAACUGAAGAAAUGCAUAACCAUAGACCUAUGCAGAGACACGGUGACUUCCUACAUGGGCUUCCCGGUCACUAACAAAAGUGUAAGUUGUAAAUCAGCCGUCAGAAACGGAGCCAGAGCCAGAGCCGGACCCCCGACCCCCAUCUUCUUCUUCGUUCUCUUCCUGAAGAAACUGCUUCACUGAGCAGCUGCAGAGGCCCAGCCACCAUCGCUGAAGAAUUAAAGUUGUAGUUUUUGUUUA